UACUAACUGUUACAGGUAAAACUAGUGAAACAGAGAUGUAAAUGAAAGUGUGACCAGAACAUAAUUGAAAUCUAGAGUUAAAGCAUUUAGCCAGGUGGCGCAAGAUGUUUGAGUGUUAUAUGAAGGGGAAAAAGGGAAGUGCAGCAGUUGCUACAAACACAGUCAAACAACUCACGAUACAGGAAGAGAAACUCACACAAUGGCCGCAUAUGCAAAAGAAAAAAUGUUCUACAUUUUAAUCGGGUUUUGGCUUAUUUUAGGUGUUGAAUGCUUCAGUGGUGGGUCAAAUCAUACAUUAACUAUUAAGACUGGAGGAUCUGUCACCAUCCCAUGUCAUUAUGAUGAGAAAAACUCACUGCAGAAGAAAUACUGGUUCUCAGAAAUUGGUCUAAUUCGUAAUUACAUAAACACAACAGAGAAGAAUCUGUCAGUAAUUGAUCAUCCUGAUCAGAGUCUCUUUACUGUGACUAUGAGAAACCUGCAGAACAAACACACUGGAGGUUAUUCUUGUGUUGUGGAGACUGAAGGACAGCCGACUGUCACGUAUGAGCUUCAUCUCGAGGUUCAGUCUGCUCCUGAUGUGUCUGUGGUGAGCAGCAGUGUAUCUGGACAUGAAGGUGGUGAUGUCAGUGUCCAGUGUUUCUACACUUCUAGAUAUAAGAAUAAAACUAAACAGUGGUGCAGAUAUAAAGAUCAGAGCUGUUACACAGUGGGGAGGACUGACACAUCCCAGAAUCCAUCAGUCCAGAUCAGUGAUGAUGGGAGAAGAUCCUUCACUGUGUUGAUGACUGGACUGAGACUCAGUGAUUCUGGAUGGUACUUCUGCUCUGCUGGAGAGGCACUGAACCCUGUUCAUCUCAUUGUAUCACAGGCAGAACCAGUAAGCGGGACCACAGACAAUCCGAGAGUCUCAAGUGAAACAGGAAUUUCCAAGAAUAAUAAUAAAACUGAAGUCACUGCAGAAACAAAAAUAAGUAAAGAUCUUCUGACUGUGUGGCUUCCAGUUUCAGCUGCACUUCUGCUGCUGUUGAUUCUGGUCGGUGUUUUCACCUGGAGAUGGAAACAGAGAACUAAGCAAGAUAAACACCAAAACAGAGAGAGAAACGACAGCAGGACCAUUGAUGCAAUCUACUCUAAACCUGAAGAUCCUGUGAUAUACAACACUAUAAAUGAUGAAUGCUCAAAUGACAUAACCUAUAGUACUAUUGGUGAUGCUCCUGGGAGUGAAGCAAAGCCUCCAGCAGGUGGAACAGUAUACAGCACUGUGGCUCCACACUAACAGCAACAGUGACGCUGCGUCCCAGUUCAGAGGCUGCAUCAUUUGAAGGCCGAUUGCGUCACAGUGGCGCGACGAAUGCUGCCUCAAUUUCUAAGGCUCCUCCAAAUGUGUCCUUCAUUUCCCAUGAAAUGAAGGAUACAACAGAUGGACCCUUUGCGGCCUUGCCUGCCCCAGAAUUCAUUGCGCGCCAGUGACGACAAGAUUUUUUUUAAAUGAAACUGCUGAAUUACACUUUUAAACGCAAGAAUUGGGUUUCAACUUACUCAAAUAUCUAAUGACACAAAUGUAAAAAUAAAAAACAACAACUUUAAAGCAGUUUAAAUGUUGACAUAUCUUACUAAGAUGCAGUUAUAUAUAGUUUAUAUUCUUUAUUAUAUACAGAAAUAGACCAUGGUGAACAUAUUUAGACAGUUUGUGAACCCUGUUUUGUUUUCAGACUGUUUUAUUUUGUUUUCAGUUGAAUAUAACUUCCAAAAAAGCGCAGUAUAAACGUUACUGCCACUCAUCAAUGAUAGCUGUCGCAGUUGGGUGACAAGAACAGUUCUCCAUAGUGUAGACUGUCCCAUUUAACAACGCUCAGUCCGACCUUCGCUUCCUUCAAAGGAUGCAGCCUGCGAAUAACACCAGAACAGACACAUCUAACCAAGAGAAACAGAAGAGGACUAUCACAACACAACUUUUUUUUUUUUUUUUUUUUUUUUUUUUUUGUGGUUUUUAUGCUUGUUUUACAUGAAGAUCUGUAGAUCAGAUCUACAGAUUCAAACACAUUAACUUUGCGUUUGCUUGAUCCCUCUCCAUUUUUUCAAAAGGACCCAUAUGAACAGAUGUGAGGGUCACGACUAUUGAAAAAAAGUGUUACGUGGAUCGUAAAUUCAUCUGUUAGGCUAGUUCAUAACUAGUCUCUUGAAAUGAGAUUAUCCUUCCUAUAUUGUAGUUGUAUAUAUUUGUGUCCGUUCUGUUUUAUCACUGUAAAAAAUACUUUCAGUUUACAUGUACAGUGUUCUGUUCUCUGUUAUGCAUAUUUUAAAUUAAAUAAAAGUAUUUUGUAGUUGUA